AUGGAGGAGACUAAACCUCGUCAUCAUGUAACGAGAUACCGCAAUAGAGAUCAAAGAAACACACUUGAAUCGCAUUUUAUUCAAAAGAACCCAUCACCACCUAAAAAUAGAGUCAAGAUUGAUAAGAUUCCACUGGAUGUUUCUGAUUAUAUGAUAGAGGAUUGGAUUAAUGAAUUCGAUGAACCAAUAUUUCUUAAAUUUUAUGAUACAAAGGAAAACAGAACUUGUAUUUUUGAAUUAAAAGAUUUAACAAAGAUGAAAGAUUUUGUUUCCAAAUAUAAUAAUUUCCAAGUACAUGAAGGUGAAAAUAUUAGCGUUGAAAUAAUUGAUAUUCGCAGCAAAAACAAAGGACGUAAUCAAAAUAGAUUUAUUCUAAAAGAUACUACCAGAAGAGAUCGUGAUUAUGGAAGAAGAAGGGGAAAUAACAGAGGAUCACUGGGCAGUCAUUAUGAUAACUCUAAAAAAUCUCAGAAAAAAAAAACAGUUGAAAAACCAAAAAGUGUAGAGCAAUUAGAUGCUGAAUUAGACGCUUACAUGAACAGCUAA